UAAAGCUACUUGCUUCAUCACCUUAUCUGACUGCAUCGGCCCUACGGACAGCAGGAUCGCCAUAUGGAGGAAGAGCUUUGAGGCCCAGACAUGGAGGAACUGAAGCAUCGGCACAAGAAACGAGAGCAGAGGCACAGGGACACAUGGGAUCCCUUCCAGCUGAACCCUGUCGGCUCAGAGAAGGAGAAGGAGAAGCGAUGCUUCUCCCUGAUCCAGUACCUGGUGGCCAUCAUCGUGGGCUUGCUGGUGCUGGUCAGCGCCAUCUUGAGCAAGGGUUCCCUGCUGGUCCUUUGCAUGCUGGCGAGUCCUAAAUCCUUGGUAAAGAACCAUGACCAGCAGUUCUACCUGCUCAUGCUGGUGUUCUCCUUGGUAGUGCCAAAUGUGCUGAUGUUUCUUAAGUCGUUGUGGAAGUGCACCUUCAAGAGCUUUGUAAACCCAAACAAGAAGACCAUGGGAAUUAUCUGCCUGGUUGAGUGUCUGGUUUCCCUGGGAACAUCGGUCCUCGUGAUUAUCGUGAUGCCACAGUUUGACGCCCUCACCAACCUUUUCAUCACCGGGGGUGUGUGCAUCUUUUCUAGUGCUUUGCAGAUAAUUUUCCGCUUGCAAAAAGAAAGCUGGAAGAUCCUCUUCCCCAUCUGCUCUCUCAUCCUUGUGCUGACCGGCUACGGACUCCUGGUGACUGACUACCAUGUGCGUGUGACCUCCUUCAUUGAGCCGACAGAUAACUAUGCGUACGUCGCCAUUGCGAUUGUUGCCUCGCUAUUUGUCUCCCUCAACUGGUGGGAGAACCCCUUCCAGGCCAGCAAUAACAUCCAGGAGAUGCUCACGGAGUUGGAGGGCUUCCGUGACUUUGUCUUUGUGAUCACCAGCAUCUUGAGGGUGGUGGUGAUCGGCAUCGUCUACUCCAUUUAUUUUCAAUUUUUUCAGAAGCCCCAUAUUGACUGGCUAUACUUCUCUAACAUCACCCAGGAGACGCUCAACCUGGGAAUUGGGAUUUUUUGCCUACAGGCAUUCAUGUCGGCAGCAUGUCACUGGUUUGGGGUGGUGGCCUGUAAGAUCCAUGCCGUCCGCAUGAGCUUCGCUCUUCCCGCGUGCUUCACGGGACCCACAGUCCUCAUUGUCGGCUUAGCCCUGUUCAUCACAGAGGCUAAAAACAUGGAUGCAAUGGCCAUGGGCAACUUCACCACAUUCUGCUUGACUCUGCGCAGAACCCAAAUGAGGAACGCCACAGGUAUUGUGCUGGCUGAGAUCUCCAACAGUAUCUGCAGAACCACCCUGAACAGCCACUACCGCUCAUGGCCGUUCGCCAUGCUGGUCACUGAGGGCAUCUGCAUGUGGUUGGGUCUCCUCACUGCCACGCACUAUGUGUGGAAGACCAAGGUGCAGAGGAUAGAAAGGACCUCCCAGCUAUUUGUGCGGCGACUUUAUGAAUCUGCCUUUAUCGACCAGUCGAUGCUGCUCAAUACCAGGAUGAAGGUCGUCAGGGCGAGGAACCAAGAGAGUCAUGAUGAACUCGAGAGCUGUGUGAUCUACCUUUGUGCCACCAUGUGGCAUGAAACAUACGACGAGAUGCUCAAAAUCCUCACGUCCAUGUUUAGGCUGGACCGCUACAGGGGCGACCCGAAGGAGCAGCACAAAGAUGAGUUUGACUUCGAAUGCCACAUAUUUGUAGAUGAUGCGUUUCGACAAGACAAAGACACUGGAAAGAAAUUUGUCAAUGAGUAUGUGAAUGACCUCGUUCAGGUGGUCAUAGAGGUGUACAGGGUUUUCACAAACAAAGAGCCGGACGACGUGUCCAUAAUUGAGACACCUUAUGGAGGGCGGCUGAUGUUUGUCAUGCCUGAUGGAAACAUGCUAUACAUACAUCUGAAGGACAAGCAGCUAAUUCGUCACAAAAAGAGAUGGUCGCAGAUCAUGUACAUGUACUAUUUACUGGGAUGGAAGGGCUACGUGGCCAAAAAUCCUCAGAAAAUAACGAGGCAGAAUAAUCCGUGCCGAGCUUCUCUUGUUUCAAUGGACGGUGAAAGUUUAUUCUUGCCGACUUACGACAACGACAGUAAGAGAAAGUACAUCUCUGACGAAAACACGUACAUCCUGGCAUUGGAUGGGGAUACCGACUUCCACCCCUCCGCUGUUAUCCUGCUGGUGGACCGGCUCAGGAUGUAUGAGAAUGUCGGCGCGGCCUGUGGAAGGAUCCAUCCCACAGGAAUGGGGCCCAUGGUCUGGUACCAGAAGUUUGAAUAUGCUGUGGGCCACUGGCUUCAAAAAACUGCAGAACAUGUAUUUGGGUCGGUCCUGUGCAGCCCUGGAUGUUUCAGCCUGUUCAGGGGCUCGGCAUUGAUGGACGAUAAUGUCCUGAAGAGAUACACCACAAAGUCCAACAAGGCGGCUGAGUACGUCCAAUAUGAUCAAGGAGAGGACCGCUGGCUGUGCACACUGCUGCUCCAGCAAGGCUGGAGGGUGGAGUACAAUGCCGCCUCAGAUGCCUACACCAACGCCCCACAGGAGUUUAAGGAGUUCUACAACCAAAGGCGGCGCUGGGGACCCUCCACCCUGGCUAAUACGCUAGAUCUCUUGCACAGUGGCAAGGAGACAGCCAAACGGAACUCAUCCAUCUCCAUGCUGUACAUCAUCUACCAGAUCUUUACUGUGGGAUCCUCCAUUCUGGGGCCUGCCUCCGUCACCUUGAUGAUUGCUGGGGCCUUUCAGUUUGUCUUUAGGAUGGAUGGCAGCCUGGCCAUCAUUGUGGCAGUCAUCCCUCCCGUCGUUUACAUGCUCAUCUGCUUUGUAUGCAACACAAACCUCCAGAUCUCCAUUGCAGCCAUCCUCAGUGUGCUCUAUGCCUUCCUGAUGACUGCCUCUUUCUUCUCCAUCAUAGGUGACAUGAUCAUACAGGAGACUUUCAUCACACCCACUGGAAUCUUCUUGGUGUCCAUGAGUAUCCUGUACCUGGUGACCGCCAUACUGCACCCUCAGGAGUUCAGCAUGAUCAUCUACGGCCUAAUGUACUUCAUUUGCAUCCCUAGCGGGUACCUCCUUCUCACCAUCUACUCCCUGGUCAACAUGCACAAUGUGUCUUGGGGGACACGUGAGUCGAACCGGGAGAAGGAAGUGGGAAAAGCUGUGGGUGUCCUGUGCGACCGCAACUGCAAGCUCUGCUGCUGGGAUCUCAAGAUCCAGGUCACGCAGGAGACAGAGAACCUGAUCCUGCAGCAGAUCCAGAAUGCCGUCGGACCUAAUGCACAAGGGCAGUCCACGAAUGCCCAGGAACACAAGGAGAAACCGCAUGGACAGCUGCAACAAGCUAUGGAAAGUCACCAGCUAAUCACACCAGCUAGACACAGCCUCAAACGGAAGGGUACAGUCCUGCAGAAGGAACAACGGGAAGAUGAUGAUGCCUCCGACAUGAGUGAGAGUGAUGACAGCGUCAACAAAAAAAUGGACAGAAAUGAGUAUGAAAAAUCUUUUGAUGAUGAUAAUUAUGAUGAUGAUGUUGAUGAAGAGGAAUUGAAGGUUGUUCCUGAGAGUGAAUGGGUCAAUCCUGUCAAGACGGAAUUCCUGAAGAAGCUGACAUAUGCCAACAUGAAGAGGAACCUACAGGAGCAGAUCCGCUACACCCUGCGGAACAAGGACCAGGAUGACGUGUGUGAGGAGCUUGUGCUGAUGCUGACAGACGUGGUAAAUGGGGAGCUGAGAGACAAGAUCGAUCCCGAGGACGUUCUGUGUGACAGCCAGCUGGAGGAGCUGCAGUAUGCCCUCAACGAGGCAGCCAGGAGGAUCCUGAAAACCAACCGGGCCGAGAGGCUGGAGAGAAGGGUCAAGCGGGCUAUCGAGAAGACCCUGAUUGCCCCCCAGGUGGACAAGCUCAAUGAGGAUGAAACUGACUUUUGGGGCAAACUCAUAGACCGAUACCUGAAACCUAUAGUUGACACCAAAACACAUACAGAAGAGGUGACCCGGGAACUGAAAUCCCUACGAAACAAGGCCGUGUUCCUUUACUUCAUCCUGAACGUCCUUUGGGUCGUCGCCACCUUCUUCCUGCAAACCAUUGGCGACACCAUCAGCAUCCAUAUCCCCAAGUACUACCCAAACGGCACCAUGUCUGGCGAGAACAUGAAGGUGGAACCGCUAAGCCUCAUGUUCCUGCUCAGCUUCGCCAUCCUGCUGCUGGUGCAAUUCCUGGCCAUGCUCUAUCACAGGAUCUAUACUCUCAUCCAUGUGUUGUCCUACAUCAGCACAGAAAAAGACUACAAGCCAGCCAAUGAUGAGGAUGAAGAUUGUGUCACCUAUGAAAACCCCACCACCAACGGCCUGGUCAUCACCAGCGAUGACUUAUGAGGCUCCUGAUGACGUUACUAAAAAUAUUUAUCAUAGUUUCUUUUUCUGCUAUUUUGAAGAAGACAAAACAAAAAAACAAAAGCAAAAAUUCGAGUAAGCAGUUAUGCUGACGCGUGGUUUUAAACUGUGGAAUACCCAAUAGCAUGUAUUAGUCAACCAAUUAGGGACUUACUUCAAAAAUGUAUGUAAUGUAUGAGCAUAAGCAUUUUGCAUAAAAUAUUUAGACAUAACCAACCAUAUGUGACACUAUCGGAUAAGCACAUGGAAGAUGGGUGUGUGAAAAUGUGUUUACUUUCAAUAAAUAUUUGUAUUUCAUGUUAA